UUGCUUUGAGCUUCGUCCUCUUACAUUUGUAGAAUUCCUAGUUUUUUAUGUGGGUUUCUUAGCCUUUUUUCUCACCUGGAAUUUUGUUUAUUUAUUUCAAUUUUUUUUUAGGUCUAAUUUACCACCCCUUCUCUCCUUAGUCUGCCAUUGUAAUCAUCACCUUCUGUACUCUAUUAUCUACAGGGAUACUGUUGCUGAAACCUUCUCUCUUCUCUCUCUCUCUCUCUCUGAAUCUAUCUGUGAAUCUUGAUAUACAUAUAAAUGGAUAGAAAGGAGAGGGUUAUUGGGUAGUGGAGAGGUUUAGAGAAAAAGCCAUCUUAUUGUCUGUAUUUUCCUCAUGUUUUGAUUGCAUGGGGGGAGAGCUUCUCACUUCUCACCUCUUGAUGGUUUUCUAAGAGAUAGAUUGGAAAGAUAUAUAUAUAUAUAUAUAUAUAUGUGAAUUGCGUUGCAGAGUUGUUCAGACAAGCAAUCCAUGGCUAGAUAGCGACUUGGAGAAUAACCCAUCAUCAUCACCUCUUCACGAGAUUUUGCUUUUGCAUCCAAUGAAUGAUGCCUUUCUGUAUCUAUAUGUCACUGCCACCUGUUUAUUAACAAAGCUGUGUUUAGUUUGUGUCUAGAGCCCUUUGCUACUCUCUUUCUUCUUGUUUCUUUCAAAGGUGCAAAGUGGUCACUCUUGAACAAGAGCUAAUAAUAAAGUGGAACAAGAUAUCAAACAAACAAAGAGAGAUCGGACUAAUCUUUUGGGGUUCUCUCUUGUUUUAUUUUCUUGGAGUUUUCUUCUUCGCAGGCAUGUUUCCUGCAGCUCUGUCCAAUUCUAAUUCUUUGUCCGAGGAAGCUAGUGUUUCUUCUGGCACAAGAGUUCGAGACUUUGGUGGCGUAAAUCCUAUCGUUUCAACCAUUUCCCCUCAGCAGCAGCCACAAAAAAUUAAGAAGAAGCGAAGCCUUCCUGGGAACCCAGACCCAGAUGCUGAAGUGAUUGCUUUAUCUCCAAAGACGCUAUUGGCUACCAACAGAUUUGUAUGUGAGAUCUGUAACAAAGGUUUCCAGAGAGAUCAGAACCUUCAGCUUCAUAAAAGAGGCCAUAACCUUCCAUGGAAGCUGAAGCAAAGAAACGGCAAAGAGGUCAAAAAGAAAGCCUAUGUUUGCCCUGAGCCUACAUGUGUCCACCACCAUCCUUCAAGGGCUUUAGGUGAUCUUACUGGCAUCAAGAAACACUAUAGCAGAAAACAUGGAGAGAAAAAGUGGAAGUGUGAGAAAUGCUCAAAGAUCUAUGCUGUUCAAUCAGAUUGGAAGGCUCACUCUAAGACCUGUGGAACUAGAGAAUACAGAUGUGAUUGUGGUACCCUUUUCUCGAGGAAGGACAGCUUCAUAACUCACAGAGCAUUUUGCGAUGCAUUAGCUGAAGAAAGUGCAAGACUCUCAGCCAACCAACUUGCCUCCGCCGCCACAAAUCCAGCUGUGAUUCAUCAUUUACCUUCCCAUCCCAACCCCAACCCCAACCUAUCUUCUCUUUUCCCUUUCCAAACCCAUCUCUCUCUCAACCCAUGGGUCGGCCCUACUCAAACCUCUAACCCUAACCCUAAUAACACUCUUCAUGUCAAGCCUGAGUCUCACCAUUUCUCACCAUUCUUCCAAGAACCACCGCCCCCACCUCCGAAGGCCCUGAUCACAUCACCCUUCCAAAACCUCCACGUCAGCAACAAUCCUCCCUCCAAUGCUGCCACACCGGCCACUCCUCACUUGUCAGCCACUGCACUCCUUCAAAAGGCUGCCACCGUAGGUGCAACCGCCACGCAGAUAAACAACAACAACAACAUGGCAAGUCAUGUCUCCCCGGAUUUCUUGGGUUUCGCGGCUGGAAACCUGGUCACGUGGCAGAAGAGCAGCGAUCAUUUCACCAGGGACUUUCUAGGUUUGACGGGAGACCAUCACCAUCAUGGUGGUGGCAAUGGAAAUGUUAACGUUAGCUUGAACGUGAGGGACGUGCUAACCUACGCCCAGGGAGUGGAGUUGCAGCACUUUGAGAGAGACCAGUCACUGUUGAAGCCCCAAGGUAUUGGAUUCACUGAGCCUGCCUCGGAAACAUGGGGUGAUUGUUGAAGGGAAAUAAAAAAGGAAAAAUGAUAAAAAAAAAAAAAAAACUAGUGAU